AACGCAGAAUAUUGGAGGCAAUGACUUCGCGCGUAGUUAUUAAAAAAAGACAAGAACACAAACUAGCUCAACGCUAACGCUUAAUACAAAAGGUUUAAUUAAAAAACGAACGGAGAGAGGAAUAAGAGGAAAAGUUAACGAGCCGUAAGCAUCAUCAACAGGCGCGAUUAAGUGAGGGCAACGGACGAGAGUUUUGUUAAGACAUUGGGAGGCGCUGCAAAACAAAAGAACGCAUAAGUAGUGGAGUGACGGAAUAAGUGAGCAACUAAAGGACAAAUACAACGCAUCACUCUCCAACAAAAAAUCGUCGUUAUUAUUACUAAGUACUUAGAGUAAGUAAAGAUCAUCGCAGGCAGCGUUUGUCUGUCACAGACAGUGUAACCACAAAUAAACGAAGUACACAUGGCUCAGUAUGGUGGAGCACCCAAUCCAUUCGCUGGUGGCGGUGGUGGUGGUUAUGAACAACAGCCCAGCUAUGGUGGUGGCGGUUAUGGACAGCAGAUGGGCGGUUACGAACAAACAGGUGGUGGUUAUGAUCAAACUGGUGCGAGCUAUGAUCAAACUGGCGGCUAUGGUGGACAAGGCGUCGCUGGUGGUUAUGGCGGAGGCAUGCCAAAUGCUGGAGUAGGUGGUGUACCACAGCAACCAUAUGGUGUGGCAGCACGUCCACGUGUCGAUGUAGAGGCUACUGGUGAAGUGGACCCGACGCUCUACCCCGAAGCCAAGGAAUCAACGCACAAAAUACGCAGUCAUGCUGAUAUUAUCGAAAUGCUCUUCGGUCCCACCGAACACGAACUCAUACCGGUGAAGGCCUUCUAUUUCUUCUUCUUUGCCGCUUUUGGUUCGCUUUUUCCACUGAUGGGUGUCUAUUUCAAACAGAUGGGCAUGAAUCCCGGUCAAUGUGGUAUAUUGAUUGGCAUGCGUCCGUUUGUGGAGUUCUUAUCGGCGCCCUUCUGGGGUUCCUAUGCAGAUCGCUGCCGCCAAGGAAAAAAAUUGCUUUUGGGUUCGCUCGCCUGUUGGGUUCUCUUCACCAUACCGUUAAGUUUCAUUAAACCAGAAGCUGUGAAUUGUAUCGAACGUAAAAAUGAGACGGAUUUCGUUUUGACUCUGACACGCACCAAACGUGAUCUUUCCGCCUAUGAUAUGGCCGACAUGAAUAAGGAGAGCGUGGAGAGCAUCAACUCACAAGCAGCUUUACAAGGUGUUGCCACGAUGCCGGCCAGCGAAGUGGUGGAGGAGUCGCAUAGGAGACGCAAACGUUCGCUUAUUCCUCGUAUUGACGCCGGCAUCUCACCCAUCCAUAUAAACUUUGUCAGCAAUUACGAUGAUAAGCAGCAUCGCGACUAUGUUAGCCCGAUAUUCUCGUCCAUGGUAUAUCGCACACCAGACAUACAAAAAGCAUUCUUCCUGCUUUUGCUCGUCAUACUCAUAGGUGAGUUCUUUAGCGCUCCAGCCAUCACACUCGCCGACUCAGCCGUCAUCACUUUGCUCGGCGACGAUGCAGACAAGUAUGGCCAUCAACGCAUGUUUGGAUCACUCGGUUGGGGCAUUUCCAUGUUCGUUGUCGGCAUUGUACUCGAUCAUUCGACACGCUUCUCACAUCAUCCUUGCGGCGCUGGUCACAUGGAAAAGAACUACAAUAUCUGCUUUGCCAUUUUCUCGAUAUUGAUGACUUGUGCCAUAGCGUCGGCCUCGAAGAUCACAUUCAAAUAUGAUCCAAUCGAACUUGACCAACAGACAGUCGAGAAUCCGGAUGCCACGGCAAAUAAGCAAGCCGAAGAUGAGUCCAUGGCCGAGUUAGCUGCGCAGCUUAAUUUACCUUCAUUAGCGGUUGGUAGUGGUACGGCUGCAGUUGGCAAAGCACCACAGGCCGCAGUGGGUGCACAAUCGAAAAUAUUUGCUCAAACUACUAAGGAAAUGCCCGAAUGGCUGACUGUCUUGACACAUUUCAAGGAUAUGAAAACCAUUUCUUUCCUAUUCGUCGCUUGGUUCAUGGGCUUCGGCAUCGGUCUGAUUUUCACGUUUCUCUUCUGGCAUCUGCAAGAUUAUGGCGGUACCCCGACGCUCUUCGGUGUUGCCUCUGUGAUCAACCACGUUUCCGAGAUCUUUGCAUAUUUCUACAGUUUCCGCUUCAUCACACAAAUCGGUCACAUCAAAGUGUUGUGCCUGGGCUUGGUUGGUAAUGUGUUACGCUUCUUGUACAUCUCCUACGCGACCAAUCCUUGGAUGGUCUUGCCAUUCGAGCUGAUGCAGGGUAUCACACACGCUGCCGUUUGGGCCGCCUCCUGUUCGUACAUUGCGCACUGUACACCCAAACAUUUGCGAGCUUCGGCACAAGGCGUACUACAGGGUAUACAUCACGGUCUAGGACGUGGCUGUGGUGCGAUCAUUGGUGGCAUGUUCGUCACAUACUAUGGCACUACGGAAACAUUCCGCGGCUAUGGCUUGGCUUGUCUUGUGGUCUUGGGUGUUUUCGUUUUCGUGAACUUCUAUCGCAAAGAUCAAGGCUUCAUUUCGGAAUUGCCACCUACGGAGGACCCGCGUCAGGUGGCCGAAGAGACCUCACAUCUGGCGCCACACGGUGUACCCAGUAAUCCGAUACCGCGUGCGCUUUCCAAUGCGCGUCUAAAUGAGAUGAAUCCCAAUGGUGGUACUGGCAACAGCUACGGCACUUAUCAGACUACGGGCGGUAAUCUCGACAUACCUGGCGCUAAUCCACACAAUCCCUUCGCGCAAUAAACUGAAAAUCGCAUUGAAGUUGUAGUGAAUUUUGAGAAGUGAAUAGCGAGUUUUGGAUGAUUUUGCAUUUACGUAGGUUUGUAUGCACGUACUUACAAUUUGUUGGAACAGCUUUGAAGAGAUCUAUUUGUAUAGUUUAUAUGUAUGUAUAUGUAGUUAUGUAUAUUGAUAGAAAAUUAUUGUUAUUACAUCUAAACGUGUUGUUAUUAGUGUCCCGCGGAUCCAGUUAUAGCAGAGGGUAAGGGAUAUCACACAGAGAUACCCAGCAGAAAAUCACGGUCAAAAGGAGUCCCGGGGUAUGAAAAUUCUAUUCAGUUCUACACUGAUGGAUUCGAGCUAGAUAGCAGGGUAGGUGGAGGAGUAUACACUGAACAAAUAGCGCUGGACUGGUCCUUCCGCCUUCGAGACCAUUUCAGUGUCUCUCAGACCGAACUAGCGUCUAUACAAGAAGCUACUGACAGUCUACGUCAUAUAGCGGCCGCAAUAAAUAUAGUUUAUGAUUCCAUAAUUAUAAAUUCGGAUAAUGGCGCAAAUCCCCAAAUGAGAAGAAGUUCGCUGGAAAUGGGAAAGCAAACAAGGACUUGUCAGGCAAACUUGUGUGUCCAGAGUGGGACAUAAGAAAAUCGCGAGAGCUGCUAUGAUUGAAAGGGAAUGAAUUAUCGUUAUCCAUAUGAUUACUGGCCGGACACAUACUCUUAGGGACGCACGCAGAGUUGUUAGGUGUGGCUGAUAAUGGCUACUGCAGGAGCUGCAUUAACGAAGAAGAACCGGAGACUGUCAGGCCCUUACGGUGCGAAUGUCCAGUGACUGACAGCCACUGACUGUGCGAAUGAGAAAAAUUUUUGCGCAAAGGAUUUCUAAACGAUUUACGCAGCUGCUCAGUUUUACUAACUCCGAAAACUGGUUUAAAGAGGAGUAGGGGAUUGUUUUCGGGAUCUCUUUUUCCAUGUGCGUAGAACUACGAAAAUGGUCCGGUGUGUCCAGCCCUAAUCUCGUGGCGUUUUUCACAAAAUUAGACAUUCAGAGGACGAUCUUUUACAAACUGCUUAAAACUGGCCACUGGUAUGCCUAUGCCGAAUGACAUCUUUCUCUGUAAGGUUGUAGCAUUUUCUCACUAAUUAAUCAGCUUUGGAAUCGCCCUCAAUACCGCAGUUUCUAGGCAUCCAUAUAAGUUGAACCAUAUUAUGCAGGACCAUCUUAGAAGUCUGCGACAGCAUUAAGUAAUGAUCUGUCUAUGCGCAGGUAAAGCUUUGGCGGCUGCUGGACUGUUAGAGUAGAUGCAGACUUGUUUCCUCGAUGUAUGUCUUUGAGCAAGGGCCCAUGCUGCUUCCUGAAUGGCCAACACUUCAGUUCGACAUACACUGCAGUGGAAAGGGGGGACGAAACAUAUCCCCAACCCGUAUACAGCUGAAAAAACUGCUCCUCCUCUGGCACUCCCUUCAAAUUUUGCAUCAUCUGUGUAAAGUUUAUAAAAUUACUCAUAUAGCUCUCGCAGUCCUGUGGUGUUAAUAUUACAAUUUUGUACUGAUAGGUACUCAUAUGUAAUAGAGAUUAUUGCCGAUGUGCUUAACAUAGCCGAACAGCGCCUGUGGUUCCCUCGAUUAAGUAUUUUUGCCGAAAUAUCGAGCAAUAAGAUCAAUCGGAGGUAGAUGCUUCAUCGAAUUCGGGGCGUCCAAGAGCAGGGUCCCACUUUUGAGAAAUUCCUGCCUUAAUGGCUGGUUUAUGAGGUGAUAUUGAUAUCAUGUGUAGGCCACCAUACUAAGAAACCAUAGAGAAUAAUGUGAGGGACGAUUUCCGAACAUUUUCAUUGUACUACCCUGGGAAAGAAUCCCCGUGAUACGAGUAUUUCAUAUCUCUUUUUUUGUAAGUAAAAAGUGUCGUUGGGCCUAACUUAAUGCAUUUCGCAAUGUUGUCCUUCCACAGCAGCUCGCUAUUCCGAAUUGCUCCUAUGUUAUUAACCUUAUUUCUGAAAUUCAGGCUGAUAUUAUCUACUUGGGGGCUAAGAGCGUAAGCACUACUCCUUCUCACACUUUCCACCCAAUCCAUAUAGUGUGAAAUUAAUAAGCUGGCUCCUUUUGCGUGAUAUAGUGAGAUAUUCUGCUCAAGGGGCGAUGUAAGGUUGUCUAAUAACUCCAAAAUGAAAAAAAACGUCAUCGCAGUUAUUCAAAUUGCCAUUACCAUUAAUAUUCCCAGUAGCAUGACCAUUACCAUUAAUACUUCACCUAUCAUGAGCAUUAGCAUUACAAAUAUUAUUGCAAUUACAAUUACAAUUAUCAUCACCGAUACCAUUACCAAUAUAAUCACCAGUACCAUGACCGUUUCAUUACUAUUACAAAUAUAAUUACCCAUUACUACUACUAUCACCUCUACUAUUACGAUAAACAUUAACAAUACCAUUACCACUGGCAGUACCAUUGCUUUUACCAUUACCAUUAUCAUUAUAAUUUCCUCCACUAUUACCAGCACCAUUACCAUUACCAUUAUCAUUAGGUACCAUUCCCAUUAGAUACCAAAAAUAAUAAAGCAGUGCAUCCAAAGGACAGAUAUGGAAAGAUAUGGAAUUUGCAGGUAUCUAUGUAGGUAUUCACAAAAUUACAAAGGUUUUAUGCCUCAACACUUCGCUCUCUGCUAUAACUCGAAUUUGCAACAACUAUUCUCUAAACCAGUUUGUUUCAUUACAUUGAUAGUUAAUUGAGUAAGCGAAAUCGCAAUACCAAAUAGUUGUAUUUAUUAGCAAAUUUUACACUUAAUUCAAAAUUAAUUAAACGAAUAUUCUAGAUGUGUUUUUCGAAUUACAUACAUACAUAAAUGUGUACUAUUUCAGAACUGUUCAAAA